AUGUAGUCUACUUCCCUGACAUCUACAAAACAUUUCGCCAAAAAUUCAAAUUACUUAAAAUUUUACAGAAUCAACACCGUAUGAUUCGGUAAUAAACUUCUAUUACACAUGGCAUCCCGUCCACUGUUCUUUUACUACGUCGUAAUGGCGUUGGGCGAAGUUGGAUAUUCGAAUUAAUUCAAGAAAGAAAAAAAAAAUCAUCUUAGUGACAAACAACAAAGAUUGCAGUCUCCUUAUAGCCCUCAGUGAGAGUGGCAGCUAUUUCAAAAUGGAAAAUAACACAGAAGACAAGGGCAAACAAGAUGUAAUGGUAUCAAAUCUCCCAUUGCUGUUUUCUAAUGGCAAACCAAUAUCCAUCACAUCAAUGUCUGUGGAGGAUCUGCAGUAUUUUAUACCAUUUCUGGUAAAGUGCAUCUUAGGAUGUGAACCCUCAGGUUGGGCUAAAUAUGCGAAAUUCAAGUGGUGGCCACCUGACGUACCUUGGUCUCCUAUAAUUCUUACAAAAAAAUAUCAAACCCAACAUUGGGCGUACAAACUUUCAAAGUUGGUGAAAAACUGUUAUGAGUAUAAUGGCUGUACAUAUUUACUACAUUUUUCGGCAAAACUCCAAACACUCAGUGGAGGAUACAAGUUUGAAGACAACUGGGAUGGUACUACUUCAAUGUAUGAUAGCACAAAUGGGAAGCUGCUGGUCACAUUCCAGAAUGAAAACAUGAUUUACGAUAAGGGUUUUAGACAGCAGUCUAAUACUUCUCGUCCAAUGUUACUUCCUCGAUUAAACUCGCCAACUAGUCCGGCAAAAUUGAACACUGGGACCCUAAACCCAACCGCAAUCGAAGAGCCAACUGCAGCCAAGAUGGUUGAGCCACCGAUUAACGACAUAUACCUCUGUGAUUAUUGCGGAGCAGAUUUUAGCUCACAUUCAGCCAUUAAGGCUCAUGAAGCGAAGUGCAUGGCGGACAAAGCUCUAGAAGCCCAAUCUCACAACAGUUUUGUCGAACCGGAAACUCAAAAUAUGGAUGAAGCACAAUUUCUCUGGUAUUUGGCUUUGUCUCGUCGUAACCAAACGUUACCGCCGCCUAAUGUUACCCCUGCCAAGAUUCGUCCGGUCGUAAGAAGAGCUUGCACACUCAGUGACAAAAGAUUUACGACAAUUCCCUUUUCAUCCAACCUUGGACAAAGCUUCUUUAAAGCAAUAAAACUAACUCCGACGGCAUCAGAACUCCUCAUCAGCCGUUAUGAGCGUUUGUGCACGGCAAAACCGGUUGCGGUACGCAUAGACCCUGUUACAGGAGAAAAUAUCAAUCAAGCGCUUUCAUCAGCGACUCAUCGUUUUCGUGCAGCCGUAUACAAAAGGAAAAAUGAAUGGGCUCACGUCUACUCCUUUAGUAAAGCAGACAGGAAAGAGCGCAUGAUAACUAUCGAAACAGGAUUGAACAAACGAGCUCGUCAAUUACUUAGGACUUGCCAAGGUGUUAGUGUAAAAAUGGUAAGGUUAAAACUAGAAGAUAUAGAGAGUUGGACAAGACCGAAACCAAAACACCAACAACCAUUGUUACAACCUUGGGUACAGCGCAGCAUCGCAAACUUACCUGCUAGUUGUACAAUAAGCUUGGCUCCCAUCGACUCACAACCAACCUGGUUUCAACAUCCGCAGGCUCCCUCAUCAUCAACAAUAUCUCGACCAGAUAUAGCAAGACGUUUGAUGGCCACUAAAUCCAAUUCAUUAGACAAACCUCACGUCAGAUCUCCACCGGGACUUCUUCCUCUUAUUACUGGCACUUGGUCUAUGCAAGCUGUACAGCCUAACAAAUCUAAUACUGCGAAAAAUCAGUUCAUUCUGCCCGAUCUGAUUCCAGUUGUAAAUAGACAUCCGAAGAACCGCUCUCCUGACCCAGUCAUAAUACGAAUGCCUUCCAUACCAUCGCCAAAAUUAGUUAAUGUCUCACCAAAUAAGAGUGCGUCAUCAACCGGAAAUAUCACAGAUGUAGUGGAUCUUUGUUCGUCAGAAGAUGAAGCCCGAGAUGAUACACAUCCACCAGUUACCAGUCGCCUGUCUCAGCCAUUUGUCUUACCUCCCGGUAUUUCAAUAACAAAAGUUAAAAAUCCUUCAAAUGAAAAGCAUUGCCGACUCGUUGAUUCACAAUCAGAUGGAAAGGCACUAGAAAAUAAUAACAAUCGAUCGCGAAGCGUUUCGCAAUGGUUGGCAUCAGCAGUCUCCGGCCCUCUUCCGAUUUUGAGAUGCAUGGGCCAGCGUAAUCCUACAAUGAAACAAGAGCCUUCCCUAUAUAAUAUGAUUUCUCCUUCGUCCUCGGUUGAUACUUCACUACCUAUCGUCACACCAUUGAAACUCGGGAAACUUCCGGCAGAGAAGAGAGAACAAAUGAAGCAGUCUCUCUUAAAAAUUCAGCAAAAAGAAAAGAAGUCUCCGCAGCCUUACGCAGAGCAAACAAGUCCACUAUUUCCGGGCAAGAAAAUGCAAGCACUUGGCGAAGUCGAUCCGCUUCAGUGCUCGCCGCCAUUGGGCAAUUCACUCAAUCCAAACAAAGAUCUUUCUGGCCUGCUAAGCGACGAGUGCAAGGAGCUGAAACAUAAAGGAUUGGGUGGUUUGAUUUUUUCAAACCAACGGCUAACACGGCGGAAAAGAACCACAGAGUCUGAAUUCUAUAGCUGUGGUGAAGAAGAUUCACUGUCCGACGGUCCUAGCAAAAGAGCUCGCAAAUUGGAACAAUCACCAUCGUCCACCUUGACGCUAGAAAGGAAUUUGGUUCACGAUAGUAACAGUUAUUCGUCGGUCAUGGAAGUCAACUUGGUAGGUCCGGAUAACGAAAUUUGUGACAGCUCCCGAGCAAGUUCUUUCGGAUCACUUACACCUGACAGCAAAAUGCCAAGAAAGAGAGGCGAACUUAUUCGCCUAUUGAAUGAUGAGUGCAAAGAAUUAAGGAGAAAUGGCCUCGAAGACUUGUCUUUUGAAGCGAACCCCAAUCAACGUGUUACUCGUUGUCGGACUAAAUCCCAACCACUGGUGUCUGGCAAAAGAUAAAAGUCCGUAUUGUCACCCCUUUCGCUCCUCGUCCAUCCGCCGAACAAAUGUAUGCCCUCGAUUGGAUGCGUUGUUAUAUAGUAUUCACCUACUUUGUUAAGCAAACACCCAGAAUGUGUGCGUACAUUUUAUUCGCGUCGCUCUUACUAUUUAUCCAUUUGAUAGCGUUCCACGAUCGGUUCGGAUAUCUUGCAUUUUCAUCAUAUCUUCUCUCCGUAGAAAUCAGCAAUGCUUGUGUACAAAAAAAUGACGUUAUAUCGCUCUCGUUUAGUUGGCGGAUUCGCACUUUAUUCAUUUGUUGUAAAAAGUAUUCAAAUUUCUGAAGCGAUUAAUGCUGUUGAUAUGAAACUGAAAAAUUGAUAGAUUAGUCAUUGUUUAGCACCAAAUGUUGCUGGAAUAAUUUUCUCCUAAUUUUUAACCAAGUAAAUCCGAAAUCGCUGAAGUUCAGAACCGAGACCGCCUGCAUUUUCAGUUAGAAUCAUAUAAACCUUUAGUUCUACUGACUAUUUGGAAUAAACUGUAUUCUUAUUUCCAGGUAGGUUAUGCUUAGUAAGGCGGUUUGAUUUCACGAAAUUCAGAAAAUUGAUAAUUGGGCUACACAAUUGCAUAACUGCUGCACUCUUAGUGUAAUUUGAAUUAUCUUGUGUGCCUGGAAUUUUGAUCUUGAGUUUAACAUUUCCAUCUCUAAAUGUGUACGAAUAUUUCAUUAACUUAAAUAUUCUGUCAGUUACGAGAAUCGAUGACUACGAUUGAAUAAACCCAUGUGAGCUACGAA